AUGCAAUUCGAUUAUCUUUUCGAAUAUCAAAUCUUUAUUCGAGAUUUCGGUCAAAAUGUCACGAAAUUUACGUUCGAUUCGAACGAAAAUGCGUUCCUUUUGUGCGAAAAGUAUUCACAAAACGAGUCAUUAGUCGACGAAAAGACCGUUUUUUGGCCGAAAUAUCAACUAUUCGUUGAAUUCGACAAAAACUCUUCAAAAGCUCUGAAAUUCAGAAUCCGUUUGAAUGGAAAGCAGUUUUCGCCGUAUUUUUCAAUUCCAAGCAUUGGUUCGCGAGAAACGAAAUACGAAUUCAAAAGCGCUUUCUUUUGGCGAAAAACGAAUAAAAUCCUCGUUUUGGCCAAAAAUGAGACCAAAAUCGCGAUUUUCGACUUCAAAGGAACCGAAACUCGAAUUCUCAGUCUUCGCUUUCAGGAUCUGUUCGGCUGUUGGAAACGCGAGAAGACGUUCUGGGAAUUGCAUGGGAAGCGUUUGGUGAUGACAAUGGCGGCCGCGGUGUGGCUCUCGUUUCUGCUCGCGCUCUGCGGCUACAAAUACGCGGAGUUUCGGUUCGAAUUUGGCGCCAAUUCUGCCUUAUGUUAA